CAGGUUACACCGGCAUCAGACUAAAACAUCGGAAGGACGAUCGCAUCGAUCGCCACUGUCCAACACGCAGCACUAAGCGUAUGUGUGUUAGCGUUAGCCUAGCGGGGAUGAAUUUUCUAACGUCAACCUAACACGGAUCAACAGAAAAUGACAGACUACGCCGAGGAGCAGCGGAAUGAACUAGAGGCAAUAGAGUCAAUCUACCCAGACUCUUAUACAGUGCUUUCAGAUGACCCCACCAGCUUUACCAUCACUGUCACGUCAGAUGCAGGAGAAAAUGAUGAAACUGUGGAAGCUACACUAAAGUUUACAUAUGUAGAAAAGUACCCAGAUGAGCCUCCUCUGUGGGAGAUCUAUUCCCAGGAGAACCUAGAGGACAGUGAUGCAGAAGACGUUCUUGCUCUGCUUCAACAACAGGCAGAAGAAAACCUGGGCAUGGUGAUGAUUUUCACCCUGGUGACAGCUGUCCAGGAGAAACUCAAUGAAAUUGUGGAUCAGAUCAAAAACAGACAAGAAGAAGAGAAACAGAGGAAAGAGAGAGAAGCAGAGGAAGCAGAGAAGGUUGCGUUUCAGGGCACGGUGGUAACCAUUGAAAGCUUUUUAGCCUGGAAGGCCUCGUUCGAACUGGAGAUGAAUGAGCUGAGGAGAAAAAAACAGAAGGAAGAUGAGCAGGCGGGAAAAUCCAAACUGACAGGUAAACAGUUGUUUGAGAGAGACCACAACCUGGACACAUCAGACAUCCAGUUCCUUGAAGACACUGGAAACAGUGUGGAGGUGGACGAAUCACUCUUUCAGGACAUUGAGGAUUUGGACUUGGAUGAGGACGACCCGGACUUUGAUCCUUUAGACAUAGGCAGCGAUGAAGACUAAAGCGGGACUAUAGUUCAACACUGUUAGGAGCUUCUUCUCCUUUCUGAGAUAUGAUCAUCUGCCCACACACAGGAAGAAGAUCCGAGAGAUGCAUUUUUUUUAAAGACUCUUACAGUUGUUGAGGAAAACGGCAUCUAAAAACAGUUAAACACAAUUACGCCUCCUGUUGCCGAGAAACUGUUUGAUGUCGAACCUUCUGGUAACGUGCACGUCAUUUGGCCAGCAGAGGGCAUUGAAACAUCAAGAAUAAAUAAGAAAUAAAGCGUUGCUAUAAUUGGCUGACUUAUUCGUAUAACAUUGUACAAUAGUAUUAUUUUAACUCAAUAUUUGUUUGGUUAAAAUCAACCGUUAUUAACAACACAUUAAAUUGACCAUUUAAAUUCAA